AUGGCAGAUAUUGCCCAGGAAACUAUUGAACCCAUCGAGGCUGAGACCGAGGGAACAUCUCAGGAUGGCACGAAUGGCCUGAAAAUGUAACUAAAACAUCGUAUUUUUCUGGCACAAUCUGUGCUGCACUCACCGGCAAGAUGGAGGCUAGCUAACGUUAGCAACAUUAGCCUAGCAUUAACGCUAUCAUUAAAACUAGCUAACGUUUGCUAGCUAGUUGCUACUUUGCUUGCUAACUAGCUAACUUGUUGGUUAUCGUCUUAGUUGGUCAUCAAAAUUUUUUAAGAUUUGUGUAAUAUGUCGUUAUUUUACUAGCUAGUUAUGCAGACCACUAAAUGGUUUUUAGCCAUCCAACCAUGUGUAGCUAGCUAAAUUUACUAUCUGGCUAGUGCGUUUAACUCAUAGAAUUAGGAAAUAGAACACUAGAACGGGUAUGAACCUUAUGGGGGGAUAAAGGUCAGCCAUUUUGGGCAGGGAGUUGGUCAACCAUGGUUUUCCAGUACUGUGAUGAGACAUUGUGUAAAAUAAUGAAUUUGAGGAAUGUUUUCGCACUGUAUGUUAGUUAGCCAUUUUUUUUACUGACAAUGACAACAUUCCAUUCAAACAAUGCAGUCAAUCCACAGCCAACUGAAAUCAGUUGAUGAUGGGACUUGGACAAGUUGUCAAUUCAACAAGUACUAAUAUUGCUUUCCAAGAAAAGAAACAUUUAGACAUUUUAAGGUUUAUCUAUCUAUAUAUAUAUGUCUAUUUAUACCAAACAUUUGUAUGAAGUCCAUAUAAACUGUAAUUUUAAGACUACUUUAAGUUGACAAUUCUAUUACAAUAUUUCGGAUAUGUCACAUGCCUUUUAUUUGACUACAUAUUUAAAAUCAGGAUUAUGCCUCUACUGCCAUCCAUUCCAAUUAGAUUAGUUUUGAUUUCUCCCUGACCAAUAUGGCUGCCAUUUUCAUCCCAUUCUGGGAUCCAUUCUGGGACUUUGAAGGUUUAUGACAUUUACAUUUUAGUCACUUAGCAGACGCUCUGAGCGACUUACAGUUAGAUGGCCCCUCUAGUAAUUUAAUAAGAUUUAUAUGGUUUAGGUGCACAGUCCCUUAAUGGAGAUUUAGCUAGCGAACCGUUAGCUAGCCAACAGCAGACAGUUGGUGGUAAUGUAUUGCCAGUGCGGAGCCGACAGUUUGAAUGGAGUCAAUUUGUAGUUGAAUCCAGAGAGUUGCCUACAGUAACUUUCCUCUCCUCUCUUCCACCCUCCAGUUGGAUGAAAAUAUGACUUUGUAGCUAAUUAGCCGUUUGUGUCCAUAAAUCCAUGUUAGUUAGGGGAGAUUGAAGUUGCAUAAACUGUUAUGUGCACAUCUUUAUUAUUUGGCACAUCAGUGAAAUUACCAUGCCAUGUAGGUUUAGGUAACAUUAGCUAUAACAGACAAGCUAGCUACAUCCAUUAAUACUGUACUCUUCUGUGUUUUCUUCAGAGAGCCAGAAGAAGACGAGGUUCUUGGCGAAGAUGCCCCUGCAGAAGAAGAGGACCUAGGCCUGGGUGAUGACGAGGUCCUUGGAGAUGAGGUCCUUGGUGAUGAUGAUACCCCUGUAGAUGGUGACCCUAUCGAUGACGCCCCUAUCAAUGAUGCCGAAGCCCUCGCAGACGACCCCACUGAUGCCCCCGCAACCGCCCCAACCCCGAAUACCAAGUCUGAGCUCAAAGAAAAGACGUCUGGAGGAGGCCGCAAAGGGAACCGCUUCCACCCCUACAAAGAGAAGCAGGUCACCGGGGACAAGAAGGGUGGAGGAGGGGGUCACAGGAACCGCGUGUUCAUUAGCAAUAUCCCCUAUGACACGAAGUGGCAGGCUAUUAAAGAUCUGAUGAGAGAGAAAGGUAAUCCAUCCACACACAGGGUCAAGCUGCUUCUCCCUAUAGAGAUGGGCCCCUUCUCGCCAGCUCAACAGGAGCUUUCUCAGUCCUCUCUUUGUGACCAGAACAUAGACCUAGCCACAUCUUCUCGUAGUUCCUUCUGAGGCAGAAUGUUAUUGUAUUGCAGAUAUUACUAAGUCAGUAGAAUAGAGACAUUUCUGGAUUUAUUUCAUUUUUUACUCCUGGGUGGACACCAAUUUAGCUUGGAUUGAAUUGAAAUGUCUGUGCUUGUUAAAGUUGAUUUUAGUUAUGUAGUUAGCUACUAUUGGUUUUAUGAUAUUGACUUAUAGCUCCAAAAUGUAACCUCAGACAAGUAGUAGUAUUGACUACUUGAGCACUUGAUUCAGUUGAACCUGUGUUAAGGUGACAAAUUAUUGUUUUGUAUGAAUGAAACCAUUGUCUUUCUGUGCACUGAACUAUUGGGUCUUUAGCUCUUCAAAAAGUGUUUUUUUGCAAGGUGAAAAGGACACCUUUUUAAACUGUAGUGACUUCUUGCCAUGUUGACAGGAACCGUGUUGACCAAACUGUUCUUUUAUACUGAAGUGUGAUCUGAAUUCCCAGGUUGACAGUAGUUGACUGACUGUGUGUCUGUCUCAGUCGAGCCCAGGAAGGCAUUGGAAGGGGGUUGUGUGGUGACUGUUGGUCUGGGCUCACUGUUGACCAAUCAUGGGGAAGCAUCGUAACGGCAUAACCAAGGCAACGGCCUGCCCUGGAGCGAGAGAGUGGUGGUUCAACAGUCGACUGGUGAUUUUAAAUGCCUUUUGUUCUCUUGGUAUUUUUCCUUUGUAUGUCUCAUGAAGUUGGUGAGGUUACAUACGUGGAGCUCUUUAAGGAUGCUGAAGGAAAGUCAAGGGUAAGUGAUGUGGACCAACUCACUGCACGAGGUUUUAAAUGCCCUCCACUGCAGUAUCUCUUUAUUUACCAAGUGUUCUGUAAGGCACUGAUCCAAGGGGUUCUCCAUGUAUGUCUAUGGGAUGAUAUGUUGGUGGCUGUUAGCUAGAGCCUGUUAUAGCCUAGUUGGCUGUAGAGUGAUGAUGGAGGAUGUCUUCUUGUUGAUUCUGGAACACUAACUUGAAUUCAUCUGAAACUUAGUACACAUUUGUUUUUAAGUUGUUGUAGUUUUCUCAAUUGGUGUCAAAGUUUGGCAGUUGACCAUUUCUCAAAGGGAUUUUGUGAUGUCUUAUUGAUUGACAUUUGACUUUUUGGUCUUCAAAUUUUGUUACCUUUUUAUUUGGAUCAAUGGCACAAUUAUCUCUUCAUGAACAAAACUAAUUAUUUCUAAAAUAUUGUAGAUAUUGUAUAAAAUAACUUUCUUCUUUUUCCAGCGGCUCACAAGAAAAUCUCACCAUCGUUUAUUAAUCUUUAGUAUUAUGAUACAUCCAGGAAUUUGCAAACUAGGUUGUGAAUGCAUUCAACUCAACCAUUUAAUGUAAUAUGUACUUUAACUCAAACUGACUGUUUAGUGUUAACUCUAAAACAAACGUAGACAGAACGGACAUAUUUGCUAUUUGUAAGUAUAUCCUGAGUCCUUGUUAUUCCACUGAAGAUGGUAAGGGUACUAUGUCUCCACUGAGAACAAGAAAAACGAGUCUAUAGCAACCCAAGUCAAUGUCUUUUAAAUUCACUUAAUUUUUUUCCUUGGAUACAAACAAAACACACUCCCCACACCAAGGCCUGUUAGCUGGCCCUUCAAGAUGGAUUAUGUAAUCCACUAAUAGCAUGAUGUCAGAUGUGUAAUAAUGAUGUUAACUGUUGUCAGUCUAAUCACUGUCUUUGUUCAUUCCCUCUGUUAUGGAUCUGUGUUGUCUCUGGAUCCCCUGGUGUUACCUGUACAGGGAUGUGGGUAAGGAACCAGACUUUACCUGUCUAACUUUGCAACAUGGUCUCAGUGCAUUUCGUAUUAUUCUGUAUGUAUAAUGGGCUCCCGAGUGGCACAGGGGUCUAAGGCAUUGCAUCUCAGUGCAAGUGGCGUCACUACAGACCCUGGUUCGAUUCCAGGCUGUAUCACAAUCCAGCCGUGAUUGGGAGUCCCAUAGGGCGGUGCACAAUUGGCCCAGCGUCGUCCGGGUUUGGCCGGGGUAGGCAGUCAUUGUAAAUAACAAUUUGUUCUUAACUGACUUGCCUAGUUAAAUAAAUAAAUGUCAAUCACAGACAACUCCCUUUAGUAUGACAUUUUACGUUUUGUAUGGUGUGUAUUAAUUUCUUAUGAAAUGUUACUAAUUACAAUUCGCAUAUGUUAUGAAUUGCAGUUUGUACAAUAUGUUACGAAUUUGCAAUACGUAUGAUAUGUUACAAAUUCCAAUUUGUUGUGGCUAACGUUAGCUAGGUGGCUAAUGUUAGCUAGGUUAGGGAUUAGGGUUAGGUUAACGUGUUAGAUUUAGCUAAGUAGCUGAAAAGUUGUAAGUAGUUACUAAAGUUGUCCAUGAUGAGAUUCGAACACGCAACCUUUGGGUUGCUAGACGUUCGCAUUAUAUGCCCACCAUCUAACCCAACCAACCACCUUUUCGCUUUGGCCUUAAGUAAACUUCUGUUUUAUGUAACUAUACCAAACUUGACAAGUCAUACGAAUUUCAGUGUCCCGGAUUUACUUUUUAAUAUUUUAAAAGUACACUACUUUUGACCAGAGCCACAUGGGGCUGGCUCAUACGGUUCUGGUCAAAAGUAGUGUGCUAUUACAUGGGGAAUAGGGUCCAUUUGAGACGCACCUAACUUCCUGAGUCAUUGUUAUACAUGUCUUCAUCCACUGACUGUCCUGUCUGUCCUGCAGUGUUGUGGAGUUCAAAGAUGAGGAGUUUGUGAAGAAGGCCAUAGAAGUCAUGAACAAACAUGACCUGAAUGGAAGACCCCUCAAUAUUAUGGCGGUAAGGACCCAUUCACAUUCUGUAGGCACCACACGGUGAUGAGAGAUUAAACUCAGUGGUGUGCUAAAUCUGCACUUAAAUCCAGCCUGCUGGGAAUGUGGUUGCAUUAACAUGGUUUGUAAUGUUUAUCCUCUUGAGACUGUCUUAACUGUAUUCACUGUGAACUAGACCUAGUUAAAGUCAAAGGUUAGAGUUGUAAUUAUAGGUCAAAGGUUUGGGGCCAUCUGUGUUUAACCCCUUGUUUCCCUGCUCCAGAACCCUGAUGUGGAGGGUUAAAGCUCAGAGUUGAAGUUCUAGGUAAACGUUUAGCGGUUAUCUGUUUCCAUCUUCCAGGAUCCUGAUGGGGAGCGUGCUCGGCGCGUGCUGCAGCGUACAGGGGGGAUGUACCCUGGAGGGGGAGGCAGGGGGCAGGAGGGUGGACCGGGGGGUGUAGGUGUACCCCCUUCCAUCGCUAACAACCCAAACGUCCCCCAUGAGGUCAUCAGCUCUCUACGUGUCGGACGGCUAGGGACCACUGUGUUCGUAGCCAACGUGAGGACAAACAUACAUACUGAACUCUUACGUCUCAUUCUCCUCUUCUCUCUCCCUAAAAUCAAAUCACAUUUUAUUGGUCACAUACACGUGUUUAGCAGAUGUUAUAGCAGGUGUAGCGAAAUGCUUGUGUUUCUAGCUCCGACAGUAAUAUCUAACAAGUAAUAUCUAACAAUUUCACAACAUAUACCCAAUACACACAAAUCUAAGUAAAGCAAUGGAAUUAAGAGUAUAUAAAGAAAUAUAUUGACACGCAAUGUCAGAGCGGCAUAGACUAAGAUACAGUAGAAUAGUAUAGAAUACAGUAUAUAGAUAUGAGAUGAGUAAUAUUUAUAUCUGAUGUUUUGAAGUCUCAGAAGUUAACCUACCAAUAAUUCUGUUCACCAAUUGAAGAGAACUUGAGCUGUGCGCUCUAAAUCUCAAGUCCAACUGCGUCGUCCUAGAACUUGAAGUACCAUGUUAGUUUCGCUGUGCUGAAUGCUAUUGCUAAUUCGGUCCCCUCCUGUCUGUUUAGAUGUGUUGUAUGGUAAUGGUUGUUUCUAUGCUAACCCGGUCCCCUCUGUGCUGUCUCCUCCCAGCUGGACUUCAAGGUGGGCUGGAAGAAGCUGAAGGAGGUGUUUGGUAUGGCAGGAACAGUGAAGAGGGCUGAUGUGAAGGAGGAUAAGGAUGGGAAGAGUAGAGGGAUGGGGACUGUUACCUUCGAACAGGCCCUGGAGGCUGUACAGGCUAUCUGUAUCCUUUAUAUAUUAUAUACUACCACAGAACACGCACACCUUCCAACAGGCUGCACAUGCUAUCUGUAUCCCGCAUACGGUUAUACUACGGAAGAAGACGCGUAACUUUUUAUACCGGCCUAAUACACAACUCUUUAUACAUGUCCUAGCUGUUAUUCUUAUUCCUUAUUCACCAUGUAUUUAUUCAUGUCACUUAUAUUGUUUGAAAAGGACCUGUAAUAAGCAUUUCACUGUUAGUCUACACCUGUUGUUUAGGAAGCAUGUGACAAAAAAAUGUAAUUGAUGGUAUUCCUUAACUCUGUUCUCUAGCCAUGUUCAAUGGCCAAAUGCUGUUUGACAGACAGAUGCAUGUUAAGAUGGUAAGUAUGCUUUGUUAUUGGCAUGUUUCUGAUUUCUAAACCUCUAACACUGUACACAGUUAAUGUGUGUGUGGAAGGUCACAGGUCAUAGAGGUUGUUACAUGUUGAUGUGGUAAUAUCGGUUGUGUAAGAACCACCUCUUGAUAUGUUGUUUCUGUGUGUUUCAGGAUGACAAGUCUAUGCCAGCUGAUGAUUUCCACCCGGUGGAGAAAGCUCCCCAGUUACCACGUGAGUACACAUCCUGUCCCAUCCUGACUAUCACUAGAACACACCUGUAUGUUAAGUUAAUGUAAUCUGAUAGAAUGACUUUACUUUAUAAUUAUCUCUGUAACAGGGUCAUGUUGUCACCUGCUCAGUGUUCUCUUCUCCAGUGAACCAAGGCAUCUCAUAAGGGAUGUAUACGUUUGUGUGGUCAAACAUACUCCAACCUUCUCCUCUCUGUCCUAUGUGUGUAGGGGGUCUGGGAGGGAUCGGGAUGGGCCUGGGACCAGGAGGACAACCUAUCAAUGCCAACCGGCUGAGUGGUGGAGGAGGAAUGGGCAACAUGGGCCCUGCAGGUUAGUACUGACCCCUAACCUCUCCAUAAUACUCCAGCAAACGCACUGUUACUUUUUAAACCACGCACAGAGACUGCAGGUCAGACGAGGAGCCAGUCAGUUCAUAGAUAAGAUAGUUAUCGGUUGUGAAGAUUAGCUAUUUGUUUUAAAUCCUCUACAUGUUGUUCCUGGACCUUCUCCAAGCGCUUACAUCACACACUGACACCGUUCCCUCCUAGACUGACAUGCUUCACCCUUCACCCACUGUUGGUGGGUGGAAAGUGUUGUCUAGAGAUAAUGUAGAAUAAGCUUUAGUACAACAACGUGUGAAUAUGCUCUUAAAAGCAGUGAGACGUGAAGUGUGUGACUCUGUCUGUCAGGUAUGGAAGGAGGACCUGGAUAUGGAGGGAUGGGCCGACUAGGAGGUAAGGUCCUAGAGAAUAGAUCUCUCUGCUGUAUCAUUCUGUUACAUGGCUGGACAACACAUGGGUUAUUGUGCCAAGACUAUCCAUUAAUAUAAUAAUCCUGUGUGUGUCGUGGAGGAGGGUUCGGGGGCAUGGACAGCAUGGGGGGAUUCGGAGCCAGAGACAUGGGACGGAUGGGAGGUAAGGACACUCUCUCUCACACACACACACACCUAGGGCUGGAAAUUGCCAGGGACCUCACGUUACAAUAUUGUGCCGAUACUAUAUUCUCAUGUAGGUAGAUAUCGCGAUUCGUUACUGGGAUUUGAUGUUACAAACUCAUUGUUCACGAUAUGUCUGCUGCAGACAGACGAGACAGCAUGAUAAAAAGUAUCGUUUUAAUAGUUUUUUUAAUAGUUUAAAUCAGUCAGGGAAAUAGAAGUGCUGAAAACAUGUAGGCUCACUCUUUUUUUUAAAGAUGUGAACAAGAUAUAGGAUGAAAAAUGCAGCCGUUUUGGCGCAGGUACAUCCGACUAGCGCUAACUAACGCUACCUAGCAAAAAGCAAUAUUUUUACAAAUAGAUAGUAUCAAUAUAAUAUUGCGAUAUGUAACUGUAUAGAUCCCCCCCCCCCCCCCCCCCAUCACUACACACAACUAACGUAAGGACUAAAUAAGUCAAAUUCGCAAACACUGAAGUUUAAUGGCAACUUUCCACCGAGUAUAUUUCUGACUCUGCGCCUUCUCUUCCUCUCUUCCCUUGUCUUUGCUUCUCCCUCCCCCUCUCCAGACAUGUCCUACAGGUCAGGAGGGAUGGGAGGAGGGAUGGACAGAGACUUUGGUCGCAGUGACAUGUCCAUGAGCAGAGGCUUUGGGGACUCCUUUGGAGGAAUGGGUGAGUAGUUUACACACUCACUCUUUCACUCACUUAUUCACACUUUCACUCACACUUUCUCUCAUUCACAAACACACACUUGUGACUGUCAGUCAUCAUAAUCUAUUCCAUAGUCCAUAGCCCUCAUAUAUCCAUCCGCUAACAGCAUGGUCAGUGGUGGCAGUAGACUAGGCAUGUUGUAGUGUGGUCGUGGUGUAGCUUGCAACUGGAACCUGUAGGUAGACUGUACUAAGAGCUGAAUCACAACUCCUACAUGGGUAACACAACACUGGUCAAGUUAGCAUUCAGCCCUAUGUCUCCAACAUGUUACUGACAGAAGUUUGUGCUGUAACUUGUUUGAGUUGUGAUGCGCUGAUAGGUUGUGGUAACGUGUGUAUGAUGCCAUGCGUUCUCUCCAUCAGGAGGAGGUUAUGGAGGAGGCAUGAGCAGUUUUGGCAUGGGGCCCGUUGGGGGAGGAUUAGGUACACCACCAUUACAUUAACAUCCUUCACAUCUGUCUGUCUACUCUCUCUCGGCUCUCACUGUCUGUUAGCACACACAUCUCACAUGUCAGACUGCCAAUGUUUCACUGUGCUUGACCUUGAUUUGAUGAAUGGUAGGUGUGGUAGUGCUUGGCUGGAACUAAAGCCUGCAGAACCCCGAAUACCACUGCGGUAGGAAUUCCGAUCUGAGACACUCACUCAUAUUCCCUGUGUCCUCUACUAAGGUGGUAUGGGCAGCCGGUCCAUGGAGCGGAUGGGCUCUGGCUACGACCGUAUGGGGGGGAGCAUGGCCAUGAGCCGAGGGUUCGGGGGCUACGGAGGAGGAGCCAUGUCUGACAGAGCAAAGGGAGGAUGUCAGAUCUUUGUCAGAAAUGUAUGUUUAAUAAAUGAAUACUGUAUAAAUGUGCAUUAUAUGACAUGAUGUGCACUCCCCCUUUUAAGCACAUUAAAGCACCAAACACAUGUUUUAAUAAGGUUGAUCAAAUCAACUAUAUGAUGUGUACUCCUGUAUGGAUAUUUUCAUCAUGGACACAGAUUAAGUAGCGUGAAUUGGAAGCGCUUUUAGACAGAGGAGUAGGCAUCAUCUAGCUCUGUGAAAAUGCCCCUAAAGUAUUUUAGGCCUCUGUGUUCUAAUGUCCUGUGUUGUGUUGUAGCUGUCCUAUGACCUGACCUGGCAGAAACUCAAGGAGAAGUUCAGUGUCUGUGGUAAGCCUCUUCAAUCAGUCUACUGUACUGAACAACCUGCAGAUGGAUUGAAUGUAGCUUUGAGCUGCAGUACUGUCAUGGCUUUAGCAGUGUCAGUGCUUAAACACUCUACUGCUCUUUCUCUCUCUCUCUCUCUCUCUGUGCCCUCCCUCUCCAGGCCAGGUGAUGUUUGCAGAGAUCAAGAUGGAGGGAGGAAAGUCUAAGGGCUGUGGUACGGUCAGGUUUGACUCGCCAGAGAGCGCUAACCAGGCCUGCAGGAUGAUGAACGGAACCAAGAUCAACGGUCGCGAGGUUGACGUCCGCAUCGACCGCAACGCCUAG